UUCCCUUUCCGGUGCCAGGAGGAGCCGUGUCGCUGCCGCCUUGGUCCGUCAGGCCUCCGGCCGGUUCUCCAUUGCUCGUCUCUCCGGACUCCUCGCCGCCGCUGUGCCGCGCCUAGGGCUCGGAUCCUGCCGGGAAAAUGUCAGAUGAAUUUUCGUUGGCAGAUGCACUGCCUGAACCAUCCUCUGCCAAAACGUCUGCUGUGAGCAAUACAAAAGCUGGCCAGUCUCCUCAAGGCUGGCCAGGCUCCAACCCUUGGAGUAACCCAAGUGCUCCACCUGCUAUGCCAUCUGGACUCCCACCAAGUGCUGCAGCACCCUCCACUGUGCCUUUCGGACCAACACCAACAGGAAUGUAUCCCUCUAUGCCUCCAACUGGACUACCACCAGGACCCCCAGCACCCUUUCCUCCUUCUGGACCAUCAUGUCCCCCACCUAGUGGUCCUUAUCCAGCCCCUACUGUGCCAGGCCCUGGCCCCACAGGGCCAUAUGCUACGCCAAAUAUGCCCCUUCCAGAGCUACCUAGGCCAUAUGGUGCACCCACAGAUCCAGCUGGUACUUUAGGUCCAUGGGGAUCCAUGUCUUCUGGACCUUGGGCACCAGGAAUUGGGGGGCAGCAUCCUAAUAUGCCAUAUCGAUCUCCAGGGCCAUAUCCCACUCCUCCUCCUCCAGUGUCAGGAGCACCGCCUGUUCCAUGGGGCACUGUGCCACCGGGAGCCUGGGGACCACCAGCACCAUAUCAUGGCCCUGCAGGAUCAUAUCCCACACCAGGACCCCAUCCUGUUCCGAAUAAUCCUUACCAAGUGCCUUCAGGACCUUCUGGUGCUCCACCAAUGCCUGGUGGCCCUCAUUACCAUUAAGUUGACAGUGGAUGAAGAGAUGGCGCAUUGCUUUUUGAAGUACAUGUACAUGCACAUGAAGGCUUAUAUACAAAUGGCUGGUUUCGCUAUUGGUGAAGGACAUUCAUGAAAGAACAACUUUUGUACCUCAGAGAGUUCCUGCUUCAUGUGUUUGGAUAUGUAGAGCAUCACAUGGGUACAAUCAGAUAAAAAUGUAAAAGCAAACCAAGUGUGGUUAAUGUGGUUAUGUAUAUCAAAUUGCUUUUGAUAAUACUUGUUUAAAAUAUAGCUAUACCCUCAAUCUAAAAUGACAUGGAUUAUUGUUAGAAUUGUAACUUAAUUGGCAAAGUAAUUCAAGUAUUUUUUAUAAUCAUCCCUCACUCCCAUAUAACUGAAAACAAUCACUUAAUUGAAACAUGACUCCUCAACAUUUUGAGGUCCUCUAGCUACACAAACCAGGACUUCUUGUUAUAUUUUAGCUACAAAAAUGUAUUGUGUAUGUGUUUACUGAGUUUAAUUCGACAUUAUUCCCAGUUCUGCCAAAAUAAGAUAAUAUUCCUGUCAAAAUUGCAUUAUGAUCUAAGGACAGGUUUCUUGCUCUGACAGAGUUCUAGAAAUAUGCUGGUGCCAAAUGCACUUAAACAAGUUUUACAGUUUAAUGCAGGAGUCAGACUGUCUAGCCUCAGGAAGGUAGGAAGAGGAGAGGAGUGAGGCAGCUGGAGCUGGGCAGUCAGUGUUGCAGGGCCUCCUCUCCCCCAGCUGUGUAAGCCAGCAGCUGGAGCUGGGCAGUCAGUGUUGCAGGGCCUCCUCUCCCCCAGCUGUGUAAGCCAGCAGCUGGAGCUGGGCAGUCAGUGUUGCAGGGCCUCCUCUCCCCCAGCUGUGUAAGCCAGCAGCUGGAGCUGGGCAGUCAGUGUUGAGGGCCUCCUCUCCCCCAGCUGUGUAAGCCAGCAGCUGGAGCUGGGAGCUUUCCUCUCACUAGUGGACAGCGGGGACAACAUAAGGAUGUCCUUCUUGACAGUCUGCUUGGGAAUUUGCAAAUCAUUGUUUUCUUAAAGCAUUUACAAAAGGUGGUCCAUUUCCUUAUAAGUUAAGUUACUGGCUGGACUAAAUAAACACCAUAUAUGACAUUUUUUUAAUGGGGGAGAAAUGAAUUCCAAAUGAAAUCUCUCUUAAUGACUGAACCACAACCCAUUUGGGUUGUUCUAGAAUUAUGCAUGUAAUACAUGUUGCUUGGCAGUAGUAUACAGGACAGCUGGAGGUGAAACUCUAGUUGACAAAGCCACGGUCAGACCUCUCAGUAGACCAGUAGGAAGCCAAGGCUGGCAAGUGGCUCCUGCAGACACUUCACCAUCUAGAUCGGAGUGCAUGACUGCACAACUUGAUUUACCAAAGGACAUUUCUGGAACUGCUAUGAGUCUGGAAGGUAGUCUGCUGUGCUCUCCCAGUAGCAACAAGGCCUGUAUGACAGACCCUUUCCCACUCCAACUUAAGGGGUUAAAGGAGAUCUGGAGUACUCAGGAGCCAGAGGCAGGUGGGUCUUUGAGUUUGAAACCAGCCUGAUC